GUCAGCUCUGCUGCAGUGGUGUCUCUUUUGUUUGAUCGAUUUUAGAUUCAUACAACCUCCCGGCGGGCGCCUAGUAGCCCGAGUGAUUGAUAUCCUCAGCUGCCACCAUGGUUUCCCUUAGAGAGGUUCGUGCCCACAACGCAGGCCUCCGAGCUGCCUGGGCAGGCCAUCGCCAUGUCUCGCUCUUUGUCGGAGCGACCAAGGGCAUCGGGCUGGCUACCAUUAUGGAGUUGGUCCAGCGCAUCGAUAGACCGGUCGUAUAUAUCGUUUGCCGAUCAACCACCCAGUUCGCCCCGAGGAUCGCUGAGUUGCAACGACUGAACCGCAACGCCAAGCUGGUGGCCCUCUACGGUCAGAUCUCAUUGCUGUCUGAGGUCGACCGCAUCUGUCACUUAGUGCGCCGCGAGGAGUCCCAGCUGGAUCUCUUGUUCAUGAGUCCUGGCUACCUGCCUAACGGGCAUCCGUCCUAUACACCAGAAGGGCUAGAAGAGCUAACUUCCCUUGCAUACUAUUGUCGACUACGAUUCACGGUGAAUCUCCUUCCACUUCUCGAGCGAACCGGCAAGGCGAAUCACCCGAAUGAGUCGUCCAGUCAACGACCUCGAGUCUUCAGCGUCUUAAACGGUGGCAAUGAACGUGCCCUGUCCUUUGUGACCGAAGAUCUGCAGUCGGAGAAAAGCUACACCAUGCUGAACCACGUUGCCCACACCACCCUAAUGAACACCUUGGCGCUGGAACACCUGGCGCACAAGCAACCCUCCGUGGACUUUGUGCACGAGUCCCCCGGGAAAGUGCAGACGGACAUCGUGGCUAGUUUCCUUCAAUCCCCGGAGCGCACUCGCUCGAGGCUGGUGUUCUGGAGAUGGCUCAAAGGGAUGCUCAUGCUCGUCUUGCAGGCCGUCCUGCUGCCGGUGUUCUAUGUGGUGGCCAUGCCCUUGGCCGAGUCUGGUGAGCGCCGACUCUACGAAGCGACCGUGGACUUGUCGCAACAAUGGCAGAAGCAGUUGCAGAGCACCUCACGCACUGGAAACGUGGCUGCUCCGGGGUUCUAUCGGAUGAAGCACACGUCCGACAUCGUGAUGGACGACACCGUGCUUCAGCCGUACCGGGCGCUAGGCAUGCCGGAGAGAGCCUGGGAACACACGGUGGCGGUAUUCCGGAGUGUGCUGGUCAAGGGCAGUGCCAAGAAGUAG